GUAACUUCCUUUCCGGUCUAACCCGACAACAUGGACGCCAGCCGCGUGCAGCCGAUCAAGCUCGCAAGAGUCACCAAGGUGCUCGGAAGAACUGGUUCCCAGGGACAAUGUACACAGGUCCGUGUUGAGUUCAUGGACGACAGCAACCGCUCCAUCAUCAGGAACGUGAAAGGCCCAGUCAGGGAAGGAGACGUGCUGACCCUCCUGGAGUCUGAAAGAGAAGCCAGAAGGCUGCGAUAGUGCCCGCUGAAGCUGAGAGAUGGAGUACAAUACUGUGAAGCAGAAGACCAUCAGUUUCACUUGAAAUGGGCUUCAAUCUCAUUCGAUCAGCUGCUUUGAAAUAAAUGUGGUUAUUAAGAUGA